AUGAAAAGGAGUUUAGCUGACACAUCAACUCGCAGCACAGCAGGUUGUCUGCCUGUACCACUGUUCAAUCAGAAAAAAAGAACUAGACAGCCCCUGACUUCAAAUCCGCUUAAAAAUGAGCAAGGUACAGGUUCUGGCACUCGUAGCUAUGACUUCUCUCCCACAUCAUUCGGCUGGGGAGCUGCAAACUCAGAAGUGGAUGAACUGCAGAAAGCAGCAAACAGUGGCCAAACAGAACAUCCGAUGGCUCCUUCCCUUAUGAAACCACCAAAUGCAUCAAAGUUUAAUUUGCCAAAUGCUGGAAGAAACUUGGCUGCCUGCAGGAACAGAAAUGAGUACACUCCUUUAAGUAACACUGCAAAUUCAAGAUCUGAUAAUGGAACUACUCGAAAGUUUGAGAACUUUUCAAGCAGUUUGAAAACUGUCCAGCAACAAAAAAMCCCUGRCAAUCKUAACYCAUCUCAGUCCAUCAGAAYAGAAACCAGCCAAACAUACACAUCCAAAGGACAGUGGGCAGGAAAACCCAACACUGUGUCAAGAAGUCUGCAGGAUCAUAGUCCAGCAUAUAAAUUUAACAACAAUAUUCAGCAAAAUAAAACAAAUGAGUACCAGUUUGACUGUGUCCCAGAAGACAAAAGUCAGGAAAUUUCAUCAUCUCAAGUGAAAACUAAAAUAAAAAAGAAUUCUUUGCGAAUCCUGWCUGCAGUCAUUCAAAGUGUGAAGCACUGGAGCCAAUAUACUUACAAAACUGCACUGCUAUUUGAAGUUUUAGGCACACUGGAUUCUGCAGUCACACCUGGAAGAUAUGGGGCAAAGAACUUUCUUCUGAGAGAUGGAAAGGAGACCUUGCCUUGCGUGUUUUAUGAAAUUGACCGUGAGCUUCCACGACUAAUUAGAGGUCGAGUGCACAGGUGCAUGGGAAAUUAUGAUGCAAAAAGGAACAUUUUCAAGUGCGUCUCUGUAAGACCAGCAACUGCUCAAGAACAGAACACUUUCCAAGACUUUGUUAAAAUUGCAGAUGUUGAGAUGACAACAUAUGUAAAAACUAUGAAUGAAAUGUAA